UCUUUUUUACCGGGUCGGUAGGCUAUUCAAUGAAAAGUGGCAGGUUUUCCGCGGGGAGCAGAGAUACUGAUCCCCCGAUUCACCUGUCUUUGUAGUAGUAUUACAACUGCAGGUGUUGCACAUAUAGUCGCAGGCAAACAGAGAGUGUUUGCCAAGGGCAUUGAUUUGAGCAUGGUCAGUUCUGUUCAAUUAUUGUCAAACCGCGGGGCAGUCAAAAGGAAACACGAACAGAAUCUCCUGCCAGUUGACAGCUUUGUGUAAACAGUGAAAGCGAUGGUGCAGCAGGGUCACAUGGUCCCGGUGGCACACCUAUGAGGCCCUAGAGCGGCGCCAGACGCUCAGACUGCAGGUAGAGCAGAGGUCCUGAUCAGGGGCAGGGCGCUGGCUCAUGUGCUCGAGUACAGCACGGUUUCCCCGGUCUGUGGCAAUCAUGAAUCGGGAAGAGCACUAUUACUCACCUAACCAUCUGUACAAGGACUCUUGCGCCUUUCAGAGACACCCCAACGAAGACUACUGCCAAAACCCUCCACCGUGUUUGUAUAUGAGUAGACAGACUCAGUCCGUCUACGCCUCACCGUCAUUGGGCGCACAGGACCAGCCAAAUCUUACCGACAUUACCUCUUAUAACAUGUCGACCCGGGAUGAUCUAGCAGCAGGGCCCCAUCUUCAUCUUCCUCAGACUCCACAGACAUCUCUACAGACGCUCGGGGGUUACGGAGACUCUCUUGACCUGUGCGGGGAUCGGAACAGAUACCAUCUUCCCUUCCCGUGGAUGAAGUCAACUAAAUCUCACUCACACGCCUGGAAAGGACAGUGGACAGGCCAUUACAUGGUAGAGGCCGAGGAGAACAAGCGCACGCGGACUGCUUACACCAGAGCGCAGCUGCUCGAGCUCGAGAAAGAGUUCCUCUUCAACAAGUACAUCUCGCGCCCACGCCGCGUGGAGCUCGCGCUCACCCUCAGCCUCACCGAGAGACACAUCAAGAUCUGGUUCCAAAACCGACGCAUGAAGUGGAAAAAGGAGGAGGACAAGAGGAGAGCCAGAGGAGUGGAUCCCGAACAGGAUUCCUCCAUUACGUCCGGGGAUUUGAAGGAUGAGUCGUGUGUGGCCCCGGGAACUCUAGCGGGACCGCCUUCACCCCUGCACUCGCACGUAUCUCCAGUUUCACAAGACUCGUAAGAAAUAUGACUGUCCAAAAGAGACAUCCGAGACUGUAUCAUCAACGGAAUCUAUCAGUCUGCCAUCGAUGAUUGGAACUAUAAUUGUGCAAAUUGUGACUUUCCAUUCCAUUCUCACAGUGACAUUUGGUAAAAUCCUGAAUAUUGGCAGUAGGGGGCGAUCUCAGUUGCGCGAGAGACGAAGCUUCUGUAGAGUCAAUUUCGUGUUUUCUGUGAAGGGCAGGCUAAUCGAUAUUCAGCACGCCAUUGAAACACCA